AUGGAUAUUAUUUUCAUUAUUUGCACCCUUUUGUUUAUUUUUGCUCUUAUUUUUCAUAAUAACUCUUAUUCUGAAGAAAACAAUGCAACUGGUUAUGAUGAUUCAAUAUUGGUUAUUGAAGUGUUUGACGACGAUGAAGAGGAGUCCAAAUAUGAAUUGAAAGAAAAAAGUAUCAUAAAUAUUCUCCAUCAACUCAUGAAAAAUUUAAAUGAACAAAUAUAUGAAUUGAAAGAAAGUAUCAUAAAUGCUUUUCAACGACUCAUAAAAAAUUUAAAUAAAGAAAAGCAAGAAAAUGAACAAAUUAGAAAUGAAACAUUAAAUGAAAUAAAUAACAAUAUCAAUGCUCUUCAAAAGCAAAUUUACCAAAUGGAGUAUAUAGAGUAUAUGAGACUGCAAUUUAAAGAAAAUUUAACACUACAAUCAAUGGAAGAGAUUAGACGAUUAAUGGCAAUGAUUGAAAAGAAGGACACGCAAUUAAAAGUUUCAAAAAAAUUUUUAGACAUUAAGAUUAAGGACUGCAGAUCUCUGAAAGAACGUAAUAAAAGCUUAGAAAAUUGUAUAAAAAUACUUGAACAAUCAAAAACUGUCAAAUCACCCGAAUCAAUAAGAAACGUGAUCUGA